AUGUCCAUCAUCCAGCAGCACACUGCUGAUACGCUCAGUGAUGCCUGGCGCACUAUCAACAUCGACGCCCUGCAAGAGGACUCGGCGGUCAACUUUGACACAUCGACGCUGCACCCGCCGCAACCUGAAAUUGACGAAUCCGAGGUUCGUAAUCUCGCCACCCAGGUGCGGCAGCUGCUCCGUGGCGGUGAUGCCGAGGGUGCGUUGAGGGGAUGCUUGGAGUUUCCCGUCUACAAUGGCGCUGAUGCUGCCAAGGACGCUCACCUCCAGACCAUCACCGAGGUCCUCCAGUCUAUCAAGGCUUCCGAGAUGACGCCUCUCCUCAAGUCCAUCUACGGCUCCCCCGGCGGCCCCGAGCUGGUUGACGUCCUCAUGAAGUACAUUUACAAGGGCAUGGCCGGUUCCUCGAGCGGUUCCGGUCUCAGGUCGCCGCCGCCGCAGGCCGCGCCCGGCGGGUUCAGCCAGAUUGGCGGUCGCCCUGGAGCCACGAACGAGAACGUUGGAAGCGCCAUGAGCGUGCUGCUCAGCUGGCACGAGAAGGUCGUCGACGUUGCUGGAUUGGGAUCUAUCGGUCGUGUCAUGACGGACUGGAGACGGGUUUAA